GCAGGGGCGCGGCAAGAUGCUCGAGGUGCUGGUGCUGAAGAUUGAAGAUCCAGGAUGCUUCUGGGUUAUUAUAAAAGGAUGUAGUCCCUUUUUAGAUCAUGAAGUUGAUUAUCAAAAACUGAAUAGUGCCAUGAAUGACUUCUAUAAUAGCAUGUGCCAAGAUAUAGAAACAAAACCGUUAAUGUUGGAAGAAGGGCAGGUCUGCGUGGUGUAUUGCCAGGAGCUGAAGUGCUGGUGCAGGGCCAUUAUCAAGUCGAUCGUGUCUUCGGCAGACCAUUACCUGGCGGAGUGUUUCCUCGUGGAUUUUGCCAAGUACAUCCCGGUGAAAUCUAAAAACAUCCGGGUUGCAGUAGAAACUUUCAUGCAGCUUCCCUACCGAGCGAAAAAAUUCAGGCUGUACUGCACGAAGCCUGUGACGUUACACAUUGACUUCUGUGAAGAUAGCGCCGAGAUUGUACCAGCCAAGAAGUGGGACAGUGCAGCUGUGCAGUACUUCCAGAACAUCCUAAAAGCAACCACCCAGGUGGAAGCCAAAUUAUGUGCUGUGGAACAAGACACUUUUGAGGUCUACCUCUAUGCAACCAUAGAAAAUGAAAAAGUCUGUGUUAACGAUGAUCUGGUUGCGAAGAACUUUGCUCGUUAUGUAUCACCCAAGGAGAAUAAAAAUGUUGAUUCUGUAGAGAAACCACGACUGAAUAUAAAGUCAACAUCCUUUUCCAGUAAACUCAAUCCUGCACUUACUCUUUGGCCAAUGUUUUUGCAAGGAAAAGAUUCUCAAGGAGUGGAAAAUUCACAUGGCUUAACUUUUCUGGCUCAGUCUCUCCAGCAUCCGUGGCCCAAGGGUGUUGUUGGUGACCUUGGCCCAAGUGCUGUGAUCCUGGAUAAAAAUAAAAAAUGUAAUAUGGAUUCAUUAAGAGAUUCACCCAAAAAGAAAUCUGAAAAGAAACAACAGCACAUCUGUUUGAAAGAUGUAAAUAAGUGUGUUGAAUCCUCAGUGUACUGGCCGACAAAGAGGGGGAUAACCAUAUAUGCUGAGCCAGAUAUACCAGCAGCAAGCGUUUUAUGUCAGAAGCCAAACGAGAAACCACUCAGGUUGGCCGAGAAGAAAGAACACAAUGAGAAAAAUGGCUGUGUGAAGUUAUUGCAGUUCUUAAAUCCUGAUCCUUUGAGAACUGAUGGGCUCUCUGAUCUGCGGCAGCUGCAGAAGCUGCGGUCCAGCUGCCAGCAGCCCUCGGCCGUGCUCCGGAACAAGAUCGAGCCUUGCUUAUCCAUUGACACGUCGCCACUGUCAGCAGACCUGAGAAAGGCCCUUCAGAGGAACAAGUUCCCGGGACCUAGCCACGCCGAGUCCUACUCUUGGCCUCCCAUAGCGCGGGGCUGUGACGUGGUGGUCAUCUCUCACUGUGGGAAUGAUCCUCUGCUGUACCUCCCGCCAGUGCUUACGAUUCUGCAAACGGGGGGCUGCUACAAGUCUUUACCAAGUAGAAAUGGACCUCUGGCAGUCGUCGUGUGCCCUGGGUGGAAAAAGGCCCAAUUUAUUUUCGAGUUACUGGAAGACUAUAGCAUGUCCUCCAAGCCUCUUCAUCCUGUGUUGUUAACAAUCGGACUCCACAAAGAUGAAGCCAAAAACAUGAAGCUUCCGAAGGGGUGUGACAUCAUUGUGACGACACCCCACAGCCUCCUGAGACUUCUCAAAUACCAAAGCUUGCUAUUUCUCAGACUUUGUCACCUCAUUUUGGAUGAGGUGGAAGUAUUAUUCUCUGAAGCUCAUGAAGAAAUGUUUGCCAUAUUAGAUAACUUAAAAAAAAAUAUUGAUGUUGAAGAAAGGGAAUCCGCACCUCAUCAGAUUGUUGCCGUUGGAGUUCAUUGGAGCAGACACAUAGAACAGCUGGUCAAAGAGUUCAUGAAUGACCCCUACGUUGUGGUCACGGCCAUGGAAGAGGCAGCUCUCUAUGGCGGCGUCCAGCAGGUAGUGCACCUUUGCCUAGAAUGUGAAAAAACCUCUACUCUACUCCAGACUCUCGAUUUCACUCCAAGUCAAGCACAGAAGACCUUGAUCUUUACUGGUUCUGUAGCUGAAACAGAAAUAGUGUGUAAGGUAGUAGAAAGCAGUUCAAUAUUUUGCUUGAAAAUGCAUAAAGAAAUGGUUUUAAAUUUAAAACGUAUUUUAGAACAGUGGAAGAAGAAGUUAAGUUGUGGCUCUCACCUUGUAUUAGCCCUGACUGAUGAUUGCAUACCACUCUUGGCCAUCACCGACGCCACGUGUGUGAUUCACUUCAGCUUUCCUUCCUCACCGAAAGUUUUUGGUGGACGCCUCUACUGCAUGUCUGAUCACUUCCAGAGUUCCACCGAGCAGGGUUCUCCCGCAGAGCAGGGAGAUAAGAAAACCAAAUCUGUCUUGCUGCUGACGGAGAGAAACGCGUGCCACACGGUUGGUGUCCUGCGCUACCUGGAGCGAGCAGAUGCUAAGAUUCCCUCGGAGCUCUAUGAGUUUACCGCAGGGGUUCUGGAAGCCAAAGAAGAUAAAAAAGCCAGGAGGCCUCUUUGUCUGUAUCUUAAGGCGUUUGGUUUUUGCAAAGACAAAAGGAUCUGUCCUAAUCGACACCAUGUUAAUCCAGAAAUGGACACACCAAGGAAAUUAUCCAACCAAGCUCUACCGACGUUUGGAUACAUCAAAAUAAUACCCUUUUAUAUUUCGAAUGCAACGCAUUACUUUGGUCGUAUAGUUGAUAAACAAGUGGAUCUUUAUUCAACUCUUAAUGCUGAAAUGAAUGAGUAUUUUAAGGGUAACAGCAAUAAAACAAGUGUCGAAAAGGUGGAGAAAUUUGGAUUAUAUGGAUUAGCAGAAAAAACACUUUUCCACAGGGUUGAGGUGCUGGAGAUGAGCCAGAAGGAAGACGCCUGGGGUCCAGACCGUGUCCUUGUGAAGUUCAUAGACGAAGGCCGGACGGGACUCAUCACCAGAGACCAGCUGCUGCGUCUCCCCGAAAAGUUCCACGCUCUGCCCCCCCAGGCGGUGGAGUUUAUUGUUUGCAGAGUGAAGCCUGCCGACAACGAAGUUGAGUGGAAUCCAAAGGUUACCAGGUACAUUCAUCAUAAAAUCAUUGGAAAAUUGCACGAUGCCAAAGUGAUACUGGCUUUGGGAAAUACAGUGUGGGUCGAUCCAAUGGUGCACAUUACAAAACUUUCAAACUUGAAAACAUCUGUCAUCGAUUAUAACGUGCGUGCUGAAAUUUUGUCGAUGGGAAUGGGCGUUGACAACUCAGGGCAUACAGAACAGCUGAAGACAUUAUACGAAGGAGCUAAAAUGCCAGCUGGUGAAGGAAGCCUGAGCCAGGCCCUCGUGCCUUCUCCAGCAGAGGAUGCUGCUCGUCCGCAGAGCCCACGGCAGGACGACUCAGAAGGACGUGCCGAUGCCCAGGCAAACCCAGAAAUCCAAAAGCAUGAAACGUUACCAGAAAACACGAGUGAUUGUUCCCUUAGCAGAACCACAGAGCCUCCGAAAAGCUUCCACCCACAAAUCAAGUGGUUCCAAAAAGACGAUGUGGUCAUACUGAAGAUAAAAAUAAGGAAUGUAAAAGAUUACAAAUGUAAAUAUUUCAGGGAUAGAGUCGUUUUCAGUGCCUGGGCCGGAGAGAAAUUCUACUUGGCCGACCUGGAGCUGCGGGCCAACAUCGUGAAAGAUGCCUGCGAGUGCACGGUUACGAACGAGGAGCCUGUGAUCACCCUUGCAAAGGAGACGAGGGCGUCGUGGGGCAGCCUCCUCAGACAGAGGAAUCCUAAUGUGGCUUUUGAUUUCGAUCACUGGGAAGAAUGUGAAGAGGACAGCCACUUCCCCCAGGUUGCGAAUUCUAAAAAAAACCUGCCCUGCAAAGUGGCAGAGGCGACCGAGAGCGGGGAGGAGCCGUCGGAGGAAGACAGGAGUGACAGCGAAUGAGUGGGAGCCCCGGCGGCGCACAGACGCGGGGCGCACCGUGUGGCUCGGAGCUCAGAAACGCGGACACGCACACGCGGCUUGGCCUCCAGGGUCCACGCUGACCUGCGUCCCGCCGUGGCCCCAGGUGGGCCUUGUGAGAGGCGGGUGGAGGGGCGGGGGGCCGCUGGGACUCGGCCCCCGCCCCCCCCCCGCCCCCACAGCCGCCUGCCUCUCACGGAGCCCGUCCCAGCACACUCCCCUGGGGCGGCGGGGGGCACCGUGUGCCCCUGCAUGGGUGGUUGGCCCCCCGCCCAGACCUGGUUGGUGGCCUGCCCUAAACCGGGGUGUGCGUGUGGUUGAGGGUCCCCGGCGCAGACGUCAAGCAGCACCGCCUCUCUUCUCGGGGGGCUGCCGGCUGCCCACAGACGGAGCACGGGGGAAAGUGGGGUUACCUCUGCGGUCCCCAGCCAGGCCCGGGCUCCUGGAGGUGCGGCCCCCGCUUCUGCAGAACCGCCCGCACCUGCUCAGCCCCUGGGCCCAGGCUCCUGCUCAGUGGAAAUGGAAAAGGACGUGUGGGUCCCCGGAGGGGACUCGGGACACCUGGGCAGGUGGGGGGGUGCUGGCAGCAGCCCGACGCCAUCUGGCGGCCAGGCCGGGGGCUACCGCGGAGUCCGAGUCCUCGGGGGAGGCCUGCAGCUGUCGCCACCUAACUGCGGGAGCCCCCGAGCCGGACUUGCCAAGUGACCAGCGUUGCAAAGGGGAGCGAGAUACCAACCCUGUGCCCGUCGUCAGCAGGGGCCCCACGGCUUUGCCUGGACGCAGGAAGGAUCGGUGACCGCACGUGACCACAGGGACCGCCGGCAAGACUUUUAUUCUUACGACCCAUCAGAAAGCACACACGUCCCGAUAGAUAAGCCGCCGCUUGCACAAAAGGUCACCUGUCCCCAGGCUGUGCCCAGAGCAGGUCGGGAUCGCUCUGGCUCUCAGUUUCCUCAUCUGUAAAAUAGGACCUUGUCGCAUGGC